GGAGGUGGGGAGAGGGCAGGAGAGAGUCAGAAGUGCAGUGAGAGAGAAAGAGACAGAGAGAGCAGCCUGGAGCACCUGAGACUCAGCCAAGGCUGGAGAUUGCACUGAGCAGGUGAGAGACGGCAAAGUUCAAACUAUGAGAGAGAUGGAGCUCAGGAAAACGGGACGAUGAAGACCAGAAACUGUGAAGAGCCUUCAGUAUCUGAGAUACUUUGAAUGUUCUGCCUAGAAUGAGACUUCUCGGCUGUUUGUGAACGAUCAGGCAUCAGGGUUGGAUUGCCCAGUCUGCCAUCCACUGCCACAGGAGGGAUAAGCAGCCCCCUCAUCCUAUUAAUGACCUCAGGUGGAGCAGAUUCUCACGAGGGGGGAGCGGAGUAUCUAGGAAGCAUGGGUUGGAACGGAGGCCUGACCUCUCCAAGCAUGGAGGAACAUUUCUAUCCCUUCUUAAUGGAGCGAAGCCCCUCGUACAUGGGGGAGGACGAAGAGGAACAUGGAGAUGAAGAUCUGAGCUUGGUGUUGGAGAGGAAGGACAAGGAUCUGCUCCUAGCGGCGGAACUGGGAAAGGCUUUACUGGAGAGAAAUGACCAGCUGAUGAAAGCAAAAGAUGCUCUAGAGGAGGAACUGAGAGAGACCCUGGAGAUGAUAGAACAGGAAAAGCACAAUAUGCGGCUAAAGAUGGAGGUACAGGAGAGCGAGUGGAGAGCACAAGUGGCAGACCUGGAAAGCGACUUAGCAGAGGCCAGACUGCAGAUGCAACAGCUUCUGUCUGAGCAGAGGGAGUGCGGGAGAGAGUCCGCCAGUGCUGUGCAAGAGUUGUCUGAACAGAACCAGAGGCUUGUGGAACAGUUAGCGCAGGCUUCUCAGGUAGAGCAGGCUAUCACCUUGGAGAUGAAGUCACUGAAAGAAGAAAAUCGUGACCUAACCAUCAGCCGAGGACAAUUUGCUCCAUGUCUGCAGAGCCUUCGGAGUGAGAAUGCUCUCCUGCUGGAAAAGAAAAAAGAAAUGGAGUCUCAGACGAAACAGUUACAGGAAGAGAACGAUAAUGUUCAGAACCAGCUGAUCUCUGCCAAAGAGGGCGUCUUCCAGCUUCAGCGACAGAAGGAGGAUGCCAAGUCCCAGGUGCUUCAGUUGGAGUUGGAAGCCCAGAAGUUGCGAGACAGUCAGAGGACCCUGCAGCUUCAGUUGAAGGAACUGCAAGAUGAGCUGCACAUGAGGGACAGUCAGUUCUCUAUGCGUGGCACUCACUCCUCACUGCACUCUGAGAUCCAGCAGAGCACUGUGGGCCAGAAUCAUGAGAUGGGGAGAAAUUCUGCCGAGACCCAAAGUAUUACCUCUGACUACAUGGAUACGUAUCUGACAGAGAGGGAAGGGGAUCUCCUCCGAGAGAAUGAAGAGCAGACUGUGAGACUACAGGAUCAGGUCACCAUGCAGCAUAUAGAAAUUACUGAUCUUAGAAAAGAGGUGCAAAGACUCAAGGAUCUGUUACAGCAGAAUAACGCCGACAGCACCGUGAAACAGGCUGUGUUGGACCGGGAUGAGGCUCUUAUGAAGAAAGCGGAGCUAGAACAAGAGCUUGCAAGGUGUCAAAUAGAAAAAGAGAGCCUGAACCUCCAAUUACUGAGCACCAUCCAGCAGAAAGUGAUGCUGAGUCAAGAGCUGGAGGCCUGGCAGGAUGACAUGCAGAUUGUUAUCAAUCAGCAGCUGCAAUCCCAAAAACAGCAAGAGACCCAGAAGCCUCCGGAGUCCCCUCAGAAUUCCUUCCUGAGAAGAGACAGCAAACGAGGCAAGAUCCUCUCCUUCUUCAAGAACAUAUGACGGUGAAGGACACUGCCCACGAGGAUCAGCCAGAAUGGUGGCCCACGAGGAGCACUGUUACUCAUUUUUUUAUUAUAGUUUUAGAAAUACCUCUGAGAGGGAAAGACUGAACGUUGCAUGUUGUCCUGCCCCUUGGAAUUGUGUCACAUGCUCAGGGUAAUGCCCGUUUCCCAGGGUUACCUUUUUGUCUAACCCUAAUGCCCCAUAGCCCUCUACAUCUUUCUCAAGGUGCCAUUAUGUAGCGGAAGAAACUCCAGGAGGUCGACCUGACCCUCAAGAGAGAAUUCUAUGACCUGGACCAAGCACUUGAACCUAUACCCCCCAAUAAUAUCUAUAGCUUCUGUGAGCUCAUACUCUCCUAUCAAUGGCUCUGCUCUAUGAUGUCAUCACACUGCACAGACUCCUGGGAGAUACUUAAGCCCCAUAGUUCUCUACAUCUUUCUCAAGGUGCCAUUACGGAGUGGGAGAAACUCCAGAAGGUGGACCUGACCCUCAAGAGAGAAUUCUAUGACCUGGACCAAGAUCUUGCACCUACACUCCCUAUAAUAUCUAUAGCUUUGGUAAGUUCAUACACCAACUACCAUUGGCUGCGCUCUAUGAUGUCAUCAUACUGCACAGACUCCUGGGAGAUACUUACGCCCCACAGUUCUCUACAUCUUUCUCAAGGUGCCAUUACGGAGUGGGAGAAACUCCAGAAGGUCAACCUGACCUUCAUGAGAGAAUUCUAUGACCUGGACCAAGACCUUGCACCUACACUCCCUAUUAUAUCUAUAGCUUCUGUGAAUUCAUACACGUCUACCAUUGGCUCUGCUCUAUGAUGUCAUCACACUGCACAGACUCCUGGGAGAUACCUACGCCCCAUAGUCCUCUACAUCUUUCUCAAGGUGGGAGAAACUCCAGAAGGUCGACCUGACCCUCAAGAGAGAAUUCUAUGACCUGGACCAAGACCGUGCACCUACACUCCCUAUUAUAUCUAUAGCUUCUGUGAGCUCAUACACUCCUAUAAUUGGUUCUGCUCUAUGAUGUCAUCACACUGCACAGACUCCUGGGAGAUACUUACUCCCCAUAGUCCUCUACAUCUUUCUCAAGGUGCCAUUACGGAGUGGGAAAAACUCCAGAAAGUUGACCUGACCCUCAAGAGAGAAUUCUAUGACCUGGACCAAGACCUUGCUCAUACACUCAUCUCAUUGGCUUUGUUCUAUGAUGUCAUCACACUUCCCAGACUCCUACUUAGGAGUCUUAAUAGUCACCAUAUCACCCUGUAGUGAGAAGAAAAUCUCUGUGAACCAUUCCACUAUCCUGUGCCUCCUUGAGUUGUGUAUGACAAGUUCCCUUAUGAAUGUUCCUGCGGUGCCCUGCAGUGGGAGGGGCAUAACAAACCUAAGCUGCCUAUGGUAUCACUGCAUUACUUUGCAGAGAAGGAGACCGACGCCACCCUGAGUGGCUCCACCCUUAUUGGAAGUGACUCUUGCCAUGUGAUUUGGGAACUGAGGGGAGUGGGGUGAAGCAAUAACGGGUGCAUUGUACACUAAUGCUGUAAAGUCCUAUAGCCUGUACAUACUGUCCAUGGAUUGGCUGUAUAUAGAAAUUAAUAUUUAUAUGCCUAUUUUAACAAA